UAUNCAAAGAAUCUAAAUUUGAUGGAAUGGGACAAACUUUGGUCUAUUAAUAAAAGAAUAAUUGAUCCUGUGUGCCCUAGACACACGGCUGUAAUUGCAGAGCGUCGUGUACUAUUUACCUUAACGGAUGGACCUGAUGAGCCGUUUGUUCGCAUGAUACCAAAGCACAAGAAAUUCGAAGGUGCUGGAGAAAAGGCAACCACUUUCACCAAGAGCAUUUGGAUGGAGGAAGUUGAUGCGAGUGCGAUAUCUGUUGGUGAGGAAGUAACUUUGAUGGAUUGGGGAAAUGCCAUUGUAAAGGAAAUCACAAAGGACGAGGAGGGUCAUGUCACUGCGUUAUCUGGCGUUCUGAAUCUCCAAGGAUCUGUAAAGACUACAAAGCUGAAGCUCACAUGGCUUCCUGACACCAAUGAAUUGGUUAAUCUCACAUUAACAGAGUUUGAUUAUCUAAUCACCAAGAAGAAGCUGGAAGAUGAUGAUGAAGUUGCUGACUUUGUGAAUCCUAACACUAAGAAGGAAACAUUGGCACUUGGUGAUUCGAAUAUGAGGAAUCUGAAAUGUGGAGAUGUGAUUCAGCUUGAGAGGAAAGGCUAUUUCAGAUGUGAUGUGCCUUUUGUCAAAUCGUCUAAGCCCAUUGUCCUAUUCUCUAUUCCAGAUGGUAGAGCGGCUAAGUGAUGAAUGAAACGUGGCACAGAAGAAAAAAAAAUACUCUAUUUUUGAUUUUCCCAUUUUAUGAACAUUUGUGUUGAGAAAUUUGCUCGUUAGGGUUUUAAGACAAUGAAAACAGAGCUUUUAUCAGUUCUUUGCUUAAAUUUUUCAUCUCA